AUGGCCAAGCUGGAACACGCAAGGUCGACUGGUUAUGAACGCAAGGGCUGGACCAAGAAUAUAAAACAAGCAAACCGGGAUGACAAGUUGAUUCAAAAACAUAUUAGUGAGCGUAAUGUCCUGAUGGAAGAACAACAUAAUGAGAUCUUAAAAAAUUCGAUAGUACGAGAUCAAGUUAUACUUUCCUCACUUAAAGAACAUCUAUCAAGAAAACGGCCAGCCGAGUAUCCUUCACCUUCUGGUGAUCUUUUUCAACCAGACAUUUCUAAUACUGAGAAUGACAAUUGUUUAUAUGAUUGCGACGAAACACAAAAAAUACGUGAAGUUGUAUCCGUUGAAGUGACAGACACGAUAGGAAAACAAGUAUGCACUUCUAAAAGAACACUCAGAAAUAUUAAACCUAUUGAUUACAAUGAAAAUUUGAAUAAAACUAACCUUUCUGAGUCGGAUCAUGAAGAGAAGGAGAUCGAUAAAAGAAAACGGCAUGAAUCUGAUUAUGAUAAUGAUUAUGAACCAAGUGAUAACUCUUCUGUUUCCUCCAAUUCGGACUAUGAUCAGAAAAAAAAGCGGAAGAUCAAUAAAGGAAAACAGCCGGAAUCAAAAGUAACAGCGAAAUGUGAUAACAGAAGUGUCAUUAAAUUCUAUAUCAAGCGAUGUAACAAUAUCACAAGAUUCAUAAAUCAAGAACAAUUACCGAUUGUGAUAGUUACAAACCCUACCACCCAAACUCCGAGAACUCCACCGCCAAGACCUAAUGUCGAUAAUAUACAGGUUACUCCUCAAAAGUCAGUGCUUAUUAAAGAAUCCGUUACCUAUCUACAAAAUCAUAUAAAGAUAAAUGUAAAUGAUCAAGGAACGGUCAUAAAGGACAAUCAUACUUCGGUAGAAAUUUCUAGCAUAAUUCGUAAUUGGCUUGUAACAGUUUUAUCAGAAGGCCCAUUAAAACGAAACAUCGGUGAACGUACAUUUAUUGUUGAAAGGAUCGUUCCCUUGUUCAAAGCAAUCCAAUCAGCAUAUAAAGAAUACAAGUUUCACUGGAUCGAAAUCGAAUUGGAUUGCAUGAGGGAAGUGAAGAAGAUAUUUCCGAAAUUCAAUUUAACAAUAAACCAAGCUGAUGGUUUGGGUGUACGGAAUUCAAGCAAUAAGGCGAUUAUGUUUAUCGAAGUAUCUGGUGGACCCGAAAACACGGAUCCAAAGCACGUGAAGGAAGAUUCCGAAAAACUUCUAAAAGAAGCCGUAUUUGGUCUCGUUUCCUUAUUACGAAAUUAUUUGGAUAAACACAAAACACAAAUAGAGACACGAAAAUCUACGAAAAAAGAUACCAUUAAUUAUAUCCGAACACAGUGGGUUUCUGAGGAUUUUGUCGCUGAGGAUCUUAAAUCAACCAAUUUAUCCCAGCCUUCCACAGUAGUCAAAAAAUAUAUGAAGUUGUUAAAGGUAGAGAUAUUUCGCGAACCCAAUGUCUCAGAAUCAAUACCUCAAGAUCUAUGGAAUGAGUUUGGACAGUGGGCAUGUUUCAAUAAGAAUCAAAAGCUCUUAGAAGAUCACGAAAUUCCAGAAAUGUUCCAGCGACACCCAAAGGAUAAACUUGUGAUUGCGGACGAAACGACAAAAAAAAUCAUAAAUAACGUUCACCUCGACGGCUAUAAAUAUAUCUUAAAACCAUGGUGUAUUAAAAACGUUUUUGGUGAAACGAUAAUUGACUUCUUUGAUCUGAGCAAUCCAGUAUCUGCGAGAGUUGCGCAAUCUGCGGUGGAUGAUUAUUAUGAGCACACUCGCAAACAUGUCAGUCAUCAGAGUAACCAGUUUAUCAAUAACCUGGCAGAACAAUUUGGUUGUUUGACGGAUAGCAAUAUAGAGCCUUACGUUACGGCAAGCACGGCAUCCAACCAUUCCCAGGACCAUCGGAGUUGCGUGAAUAAAUUGACGCGAGAACUUCAACCAUUAUCAAGAUGCACUUAA